ACUCAGAGCUAUAGAUGUGUUACAGUGUUGAUUACUCGCUCUAUACACAUGAGACAAGAGUGUAACAGUGUUGUUCGCGAGAUUUUGGUCAAAUUAUAAGUACUUAUCUAAGUGACUUUGUAUGUACUGGUACGAGUGGAUAUUGUGUCCUCUGCACGCGACAGUGUUAUAUGAUUUUGAAGACAAAUGAGAGUGCUGACGAGUUGCGCCCAAAUGAAGUCGACUUUAACUGUAUUAACCUUAAUCUUUAAUUGCGUUUCUUGCCAACGCCCGAGAGCUGUCGACACAUGGAUUUUGAGUAACAGAGACCGGUAUGUAUUGUCAUAUACUGUAACGCGUCGACAAGAACCUCAUGUGUCAUGGUGGUGGAAAUCUUCAUCACAGCACAGUGAAUACGAACAAUUACAACAUACCCCAACUGACAACUUUCAUGAAACUAUUACCACUGUUGAAAGAGACGAAGGGACACUAUACGACAUACGAUUAGAAAUUUCCAACAUAAAUAAAAACAUCUUCGGGGAAUACAAAGUUGAAAUCGACGGGAACAGCAACAUGACACGAUAUUUCACCAUCAACGAAAUGCCCAGCGAACAAUUAGAUGGGCUUAAUGAAAUUCCUGCCGCUUCUGAUGAAGCCGACAGGUUCGAGUUUUCCAAAAACCAGGUUUAUAUAGCAGUUGGCGUUGCAGUGGGCAUACUGAUAGCUGUUGCACUCAUCUCAAUUACAAUUAUUGUGCGAGUAAAGACGAAAAGAGCAGGUCGUUCAGAAAGUCAAAGAAACACAACAACGGAAAACAAUAGUGAAGGGUUGUCUAUAUCUUCUCACCAUUACACGGACGUUCACUCUACCACCGGAUAUGAAGGUUUAAGUGACAAACGGGACCAGCAUGAAUAUAUAACGACACUCAACACAACAGCAAACCAUGGAGGAUACAAUGAUCCCGCUACUAUUCACAAACCUGCAACCUCCGCAAAGAAAAAGACAUUUGCCAAUACCUUGUAUGGGGAAUCCAAUUUAGUGAUCAAAUCUGGUAUAAAACCCUCCAGCUUACUAAAGCCAGUUCCAAAAGUUGCCUAUAAAAAGAAACAAAAUAAAGCGAGACAUUUUUCCGACUCCACUUCAGAUCGAGAGGAUACAUGUACAUACGAAAAUGUUGCUAAGUAUUCACCAGGCGCGCACAGCUAUGAAAAUUGUAACAAUUUAAAACGAACGAAGUCAGCACAAUAAUGUGAGGAUCAUGAAGACAUAUUUCACAUUCAUUGGUGAUUUCGACGUCAGAUGUUGUAUGAGUGAUUCGUUGAGAUGUUGUUUUCAGUGACGUUGUAUACAUGAAUAAUUUGUUGAAAGAAGAAGUUAUAUUUAUUUAUAAGCAUUGUUAUAUUUAUGCAAGUUGCUUCUUUGUUUGUUGUUCAUUCAACAUUCGUUAUUUUAAUUUCAGUCAAAUGACGCCCUUGAGAUAACUCGUUGAUACUUACUUAGGUGACGUUAUGUAAACCUAUACCCCAUAACGACACGUGACUAUACUCGCUGUACAUCUAUAGGGACUGAGGUACUUAGGUCAAGGUCAUGAUAAUCAACAUCAGCUGUAAAAAACAACUAUGACCUUAAACGUUACAGGACUGAAACUGCUGAAUAAUCGAAACCAAAGUGUGUAAGAAGAUCAUUUCCGUCCUGGUCAGGGAGUUAGAUAUGGGAGAGUUUACAUAGUACAAUUGAAAGGGAAAUACUUGUUAAACUGUCAAAUAAAAGGAUUAUUUCAGGCUGAAAUAUUGCUGAAUUUAAUAGACAAAUAAAAGGUUAAAAGACAAA